GGCGACUGCUGCGGUCAAAGUGCCUCGAGUUGACAGAGUUGGUGACGUCACACUGUCAAGCACGUGCUCUGUGUGCUCGACAACCUGUUCGUUUGUUUAUGUCCUUCAAAAAUCACAUCGACUCCGUAUCACGGACAUGAAUGGUAUCCAGGAGAAGUGUUGUCAUCGUUAGUGCAUCGUUUGUUUAUGUUAUACUAUAGUGAUUUGUGGUGCUUUGUUAUCAUUAAGAAAUUUAUCAUGAAAUAUAUAUAUCACAAAAAAGUUCGGUUCUAGUGAAGUUCUCAUGGAUAUAUUGCGGUGAUAGUAUGAAAAGUAUAUCUUGCUUAAUAUCGUUAUCAUAAUGAAGUUCGGUUUUAGUGGAAAUCUCAUGGAUAUAUUGCAGUAAUAGUAUAAUAAGUGUAUCAUGAUUUAUAUCGUUAUCAUAUAGAAGUUCAGUUUUAAUGAAAUUUUCAUGGAUAUAUUGCAGUGAUAGUGAAAUGUCUCUCGAGUAAAGCGAAAUUUGCAUGAUUCUCAAUUCGGGCAUCACAGUUCAAGGUGAUAUCAUUUGAUGCUGCUCCAAAUCCUCAUAACCAUAUAUGAUGAUGUUGAUCACUGUUGCUCUCUAGUUCAUUUAUUAUAUGUUUAGGGCUGGAAUAGUGUCAUUAAGAUGAGCGGAGACUUUGUCUGUCAGGCUUAGAUUAUUCAAGUGAUAGUGGUAAGUGGUGUGAAGUGAGAAGUGGUUGAAUCAUCUAAGUGAUUGUUGAUUCAGAGGGGAAAUAUGACUGAGCAAAUCGGGAGUCGCACUUGGAAUCCUGGUGAGCAGAGCAGUUGCCGCCCCCGGCCCCCACAGCGACGACCAUGACGAUGGACGCGUUGGAUACGCUCAGCCCGCACGUUGGUCACAGCUCCGCAGCCGCCGCCUUCCUGUUGGCCGAUCCGGCCGCCUCCGUCCACUUCAACGUCCUUUCCUUCGACGCCUCCUGUCCGUCGCCGCCUCCGGACGCAUCUCAGGGGGCCGCCGCCCCCGGCGAUCUCAACACCCCCGUCACCACUUCCAGUGACGUGCCCUCCUUCUUCGGACCGUCCACUGUUGUCGAACCGCCUCCCAUCACUACUGGGAGCUUGGCGCCAGAAUCGGAAGAAGAUCCGGAGCGAGAAGAAUUGUGUCCUCGACUAAAGACGGAACUGAGCCCGAGUGGGGGCGGCGGAGGAGGUGGAGGCGGCGAUCCGGACGAGGAGGCAGCCGAGCUGGCCAUGUUCCCGGCGCCCACCGCCGGAUCCAAGAUCAGCUACCGCGGCGUCUUCACCACCUCGGCUGGCGCCAAUGUGUCGCACCUGCCACCCUCCUCACCCACCUGGCUGCAGCUGCCCAGUCCCGACAAGAACCUCUUCCCUCCCAUUUUCGGCCUGCUCACGCCCCAGCAACAGCAACAGCAACAACAACAACAGCAGCAGCAACAUCACCACCAACAACAGUAUGUGGCGGCAGCUGCCAGUCCCCACUACGACGACAGGUCGCAUCAGCAGCAGCAGCAGCAGCAGCAGCAGCAGCAGGUGGAGCUGAUGGGCCUGAGCAUCGAGUGCAACCCCCUCAAGCCGCAGCCCGGCUAUACGAGUUGCGCCGCCACCGACCAGGACCUCUAUCAGCGGCAACUCAUGCAGACCUCACCGGCCAGCACCAAGUAUGCCUGGAUGGACUCCCCUUCCGUCGACUACGGCGUCGUACCUGGCCCUUCUGGACUCGUUCCCAAGCAAGAGCCACCCACCUUUGCCCAGCCCCCCAACUGUAGCACUGGUGAUUCCUCAUCAAGUCAACCCCAAGCCUAUGCUGUCCAACUGGCAGAGUACAACCCCUCCACCAGCAAGGGACAUGAAAUACUUUCCCAAGUCUACCAACAGUCACCAGUUCCCUUAAAGCUGGUGCCAGUCAAACCUCGGAAGUACCCGAAUCGCCCCAGCAAAACACCAGUGCACGAGCGACCCUAUGCCUGUCCAGUUGAGAACUGCGACCGAAGGUUCUCGAGGUCAGACGAGUUGACGCGACACAUCAGGAUACACACUGGUCAAAAGCCGUUCCAGUGUCGCAUUUGUAUGCGAUCGUUCUCCAGGUCGGAUCACCUGACGACGCACAUUCGCACACACACCGGCGAAAAGCCGUUCUCGUGCGACGUGUGCGGCAGGAAGUUCGCCCGCAGCGACGAGAAGAAGAGGCAUGCCAAAGUACAUCUCAAGCAGAGGAGCAAGAAGGAAAGCAAAAUGGCCGCUAUGAUGAACCAGCAGCAGCAGCAACAGCAACAACAGCAACAACAGCAGCAGCACCACCAUCAACAGCAGCAACAACAAAUGCACCAUCAGCAGCAGCAGCAGCACCAUCAUCAGAUGCAGCAUGACGACCCGUCAUCGUUGUGACCCGACAGCCCCCUCUCCAGUAGCUGCACCUCCAUCACCCACUCCCCAUUCCCCCCUCCAACCCCCCUCAGCCCUGUCCUGCACGACUUCCAUGACGACGAGCACGUCGAUGACCCCGACAUCACCUCCCUGUGAUGUCACUCAUGUGAAGGACGUUCUCCUUGUUGAUGUUGUACUGUGAUUAUGUAACCGGUCGUCUAUCUUUCUUACUCUUACUAUCAAUUCUGCCGGUCAGACUUUUUAACUUAUAUUAUAAGUUGCUUCGGCUGAAUUCUGUUAAUUUAAUUUUUAUAUUGAAAAUGAAAAAAAUGUGGGAGAAUAUCUCAACAAAACAAAAAUACAACCACGUACACAAACCACACACACUCAUUCAUUCAUUGUAACAACAGAUCUUAAUUAUUAGUUCUAAGAUAAUAAUCAAUCGAUGAAACUAAAAUUUAAAAGAACAUGGCUUUAAUUAAUUGUUAAGUGAGAUUUAGUAACAUAAUUAAGGAUAAUUAAUGAGAAAGAACAAGUGGUGUUAUUUACUCUAUAAAGUUGUCAAUACUGUCAACUAUAAAGUACAUUCCGUAACAUAGUUGAUUAUAUGUAGCUACUUUUUGAAAGCAGACUUUCAAGUUAUUUUUAUACUAAAACUAAUAAUAUCAAUGAUGAUAUUAUUGCUAUAAUUAAUGAUAUUUAUAUUUAUUAUCGUGAAUAGGAUUUAAUCUUACAAUUUGAGAUAUUUAUUGUUUGUUAAAAUGUCGGAAUUUUUUAAGUGUCUAAUACCAGAAAGGCUAGUAUGUGCGGACACUAUCGAUUGUUGAACCAGAUAAAUUUAUCGAUGUUACCAAGAAUCAGCCAGAAACCGUGCAAUUCAAAUUUCAAGUCAGCUUAACUAUGAUCUUGGAGAAUGAAGAAGACUUUGGCAUAACCUGGAUAAAUACCUCGAAAUAAAAUAGUUGAUAAUCAGCCUUCAUAGGUGUUUGCAUUACAGUUUUGAUCCAAAUGAUUGGUUCAAUAGUUUUGUCUCUUUAAUAAUUCAAAUGUUACUGGAUUCUAAAAUUCGAAUUCUACUUGUCACAUUGCCAGAGAAAAUAUCGAACUUACAAUGUUCUUUCGUUUGUAAGUGCUAAUUCGGAGUGGAAACUGAAUUUGCAAACCUCCAUACGUUAAAAUAUUUAACAUUUAAGAUCGAAUUUGACUAUUCUAAGAAUAGAAAUAUGUGCAUGAUGUAUGUAAAAUAGAUUGAUGUUUAUUCUCAUCCGAUGAAUUGAUGUAAUCUGUCUAAAUGUUCAAUGUUCUUAAAAUAAGAAUCACUUAAUGGAUUGGUGUUUGUAUUGAAUGUGAAAUGUUAGCAUAAUCUAUUGCUGUUCCAAAAUUGAUUGAAUCUCAGCUAUUCCAUGAAUUUCGCAAUAAGCAAAAUACAUUUAUUGUUUGUUCUAGUGUUAUCAAGAAAGUCGCAUUAAAUUGACAAAUUUGCAAUUAAAAUUACAAUUGCAUAUUAUAAUAUUUCAAGAUUGAUAAUGAGUAGCAUAAAGAUCGCCUCUUAAGGGCUCUUCUUGAAGUUCUAAUUCAAGCAUUGAAAUUAUAAUUUCCAGCCUUCUGGAAAUCAGUAAAAUUUUACCUUUGAUGAUCAAUAAUUGCUGUUUAAUGAAUCAUAUGAGAGGCAGAUAUUGUCGGAGAUACCGUUUGUACCAAUGAAUGCCUUAGUAGGUGAACGAUGAAGCAAGAGAAUGUUAGGAAAUUUUCUUCCUUGGAACAAAACUAUAAAAUUAACCAGAAAAAAUAGUUAUUGACUGUAAAUGUUAUAAUCAAUUUAUUCAUAACUAAUGACGAUAACAAAUGAACAGAUUUAAUGAAUGUAUUUUUUCUACUCCUGUUCUAUUGUAUAUGUGUAAAUUAUCAUAAAUAUUGAUACAUCCACCUUGAAAUGUAUCAGUCGAUGUAUAAUUUUAAAAAAUAUUGAUCUCCACUGGUAUAACGAUAUUGUAUGACAUACAUUUUAUGCAUUUUGCGAGUCCCGCUAGGUAUAGCUUCUAUGCAAAAUUGAUUGCAUUUCAUUUGGAUUCCUUGUCUUUUUUACCUCUAUCACGAUUGGAGUGAUUAUCUUAUUUGUCUAGUCCUUGUCUAGCUUGGAUACUUUUAUGUGCCAUGACAUAGAGCGGUAAGAUUGAAACUUCCUUGUUCAUUGAAAUUUCGAGAUAAAGAUUCUACUAAUGAAUUUCAAGAAUUGAAAUAAUUGCUAUAGAUGCUGUGAAUCAUUUCUCAAUUCCACGAUCGCUCAACAGUCACUGAAGAAUUGCCUUGAGUUUUGAAGAGUCUUAACAUUUCUCGACUCAGCUAUCAAGUUAUCUCUCCCAUUCAAUAAAUCGAAACUAAGCUGCAGAAUAAUAUGUAACUAUAAUUAUGUUGGCAAACUAGAAAAGAAGCAGGGUCUCGAGAUGUGUUGGCUUGUUGAUCUGAUGAUAAGACAUAUAUACAAACCAUUCUAAAAAGUCUCUCUCCAAGCGGAGAUUGCUUGUAGAGUGAAAUUGUAUGAUAUUUUAGGAAAAAAUAUGCUCAAAUUCCAUGAUAGAAGUUGAGGGUAUGUUGCCUUAAGGAAGAAGUAGUUACAAUAGUUACAAACGUUAGAGGCCUAGAAGAAUUUUUCUACUUGACAAUUCCCUUAUUAUCUCGAGGUUCUCAUUCAAAAAUAAUUAUAUAAUAUAUUUUUACACAAAGAAUGCGGUAGAUAAAAAGUGACAGAUUUCUUCUAAAAUAAUAUAUUUCCCGAAAUAUAUAAAGAUAAAACAUGAUAUUAUGAAUAAUAUGAUCUCAGUAUGGUCAAAAUUUGAAUGCUCUAUGAUAAAUUGAGUGGUGAACAU